AUGGCCAACAAAAUCUCCCCAAACAGGCGGCGGUCGAUAGCUGUGCUUAGCCAAGGUCAGACCUCUCGCCACAGCCAUCGCAGGCGUGCAUACAGCAUCGCACCAGGCGAGAAGCUCAGUCCAGCCGCCAAGACUCGUCGCUCCCUCGCACCGCGCAAAAGCAUUCUCAAGGCCACCGCCAGUCUACCAGAUAGCACCGAAUCAUCCGCCGAUGACAAUAACACACAGUCCAUGGACUUUACUGAGGUUCAUAACAAUUCGCGAAAGUCUCUAGGUCGCCGAGUUAGUUUCGCUAGUCACGCGCACGUCCGUCUCUUCGAGCGAGAACAGAAAGGCAACAACAGCACAGGCUCCUCAUCAUCUCCUACAGACGACUCGCCCGGUGCCGAUCGAAACGACGAAGAAAGUGAGAACAUCGAUUCCAAUGCAUCCAACAGCGGCCGUCGUAGCUCCGUGCGCCGGUCGUCUGUGGCAUUCAGCGAGUUUGGUGAGCGAUCAAUGGAUCUAGAUAUGGAUGACACUGCGCCCUUGCCUCAAGACUUUCUUAAGCACAAUCAAUACCAGUCGACAUCGACAAAUUAUGUUACCAAUGACGAUGAAUUCACGGAUGAGGAGGAAGAUGACGACGAAGAUAUGGAAAUCACAGAGGCCAUCCGGCUAAAUAUUGAGCGAAAACGCUCUCUCUCUCUUGGCCAAGGACGAGUCUCGUUGCCUCCCCCCCGACGAUCAUCUGUAGUUCCACUCACAUCGUCCCAGGGACAUUCCGAGAACCAGCUCCCUUCACAGCAACCAUUACCUCGUCUCUCACUAGACCGGGAGCCGCAUGCACAUGAUCAAGAUGAGGAUCCAAUCGCCAGCUCCGUCCAAUCCGAGUCGUUUAUGUCUGAAGGACUUUCUGGAGACGACUCGCAACCUGUAGAAUUCAUCAUUCCCAUUUCCCGCUCCUUGCGUCCUCCUGAACCUCCCAGUGAUGCAUGGCUACAGCUUCGUGCUAUGACUCAUGCAGGAGACGAACCAUAUGAAACGCCAGCAGCUGAAGAUUCGUACGAGGAACCAGGUCCAUCACACCAAUCUGACGCUGGUGCUGAGGAGGGCGAGACUAUGGAAUUUACAGAGGCUAUGGGUCGCGUUGUGGGGUCGCGUCCCUCUUUCGCUCUUCCACCGCCCUCGGAUCUUAUAGGAGAGUCUAGUACAGCGCAACCCGAAGAUAGCCUUGGUGGCAAUGACCCCAUAGAUGCUAAAGAGCAGCCCUUCCAAGAUGAUAGUUUCACGAGUACGGAGGACAGCUUCGCAGAUGAUGUUGGGGCAGACCAUACGGUCAAUAUGACAAGUUUGAUACGAGCGAGUCUUGGCACGCAGGACUCUUCCAUGGAAGUUACAGGCAUAUACUCUGGAAGCGGUGAAGAUGAGGGAGUCGUCAAAGUUCCGCUCACUGCCUCUAAGGAGAAACCUGCGGCACCCGCCCUCACUGAGUCUGAAACCCACCCCAUCCCAGAUGUACCUGUCAAUGAUUUACCAGCCGCAAGUAGUGUACAGGCUGUUCAGCUGUCUGUCUUUACCGCUCCAAACUCAAGUCGGCCAAGUGUUUUUUCAGCGCCUGGAUCAAAGACACCCGCUAUACCCCCUCGUUCACCCUCAAAAAUACCUUUGUCCGUGAUGGCGCCUAAGCCUUUCAGCUUCAGUCUCUCUCGGUCUAGUGCGUCCUCUUCUAGUGUACCCGCGAUCGGAAAGGUUGCUACUACUAUUGCUCCUCAGUCCCCCGUAAAGCACCAAGCUCGCACCGGAACGGCUGCCUUUGCACCUCCUAGUGCGCGCAAGUCACCUAUGAAGCGUCCAGCCCCACCCGCUGCUGAGAGUGCCCAUCAACCAAGUCCCACCAAACGGGCUGCAAUAGGCAAACAUGAGCCCAUAAAGAAAGCGCCAUUUGGAAAACCCAUUUCGCCUGCACGGCCACAGGGUAUCAGGCGUACGAGCAUGAUACGGAGGCCGUCCGGUUACUUUGCACAGAGAAAGAGCUUAGGGACUGGUGCUUUGCCUCCUGCUGGCUCAAAUGGUUCUCCGGCGAAUAAUCAAGCAGAGAGUCCCACAAACCAAAUUGGACAAGGCGCGAGACCUGGACGGGCACGCGCUAGUCUUGGGAUUGUGCCCACUAGUCAAGAUUUCGUAUUUGACCCUGGUGCAAACGCUGGCAACACAGGGGAACCUUUAUAUCCAGAUGUUUCCCGAAUUAUUCGAGAGGAUCCUCCAACCCCCUCUAGAAGUAAUAGCCCCGCACCAGCUGUAGCAAAGGUAUGCGAACGGGAGGCGUUCCGACAAGCGAUUGCUACACCCAGUCCAACGCGCGGAUCACCAUCGCCAGCUUCACCUCAGCCCAACCAUAUAUCACCCGCUAUUGCCAGAUCUAUUUCAUCCACUACCAUAGGGCCAGAAGUACAUACUUUCGAUACCGUCGCACCCACAACGGAAGUACCGCUCGAUAUUACCGAACUCGCUCCAUCACACGAGAUUGGACCCAUGAAAACACCUGUUAAUGUGGUCACAGCCGCUGAGCAAUGGCGGGAUGAGGUAGGAGAAGAAGCUGCGGCGUUUGACGACGAAGGCCCUCCUAUAUCUAUCGAACAAUUUUUUGCGAUGACAGGAAUACGCUUCAUGGAUGAGCUCACCAUGCCCAAACCUCGUCAAUCAAUUGCUCCUCCUCCACAGCUUCGAUCACGGUCACGUCGUCGUUCCUCCACGGAGCUCAGUACUGAACUAGAAGACGACCCCGUCCCUCUGGCAGAGUUCGCCGUGACUAUGGCUGUAGAUUUACCGCGACUCGAGCUAUUUACCGCGGUCGCGAACGAUCUCGGUGCCUGGAUCGAGGAUAGCAAGAAGAUUUGCCUCCAAGCAGAAAAGGAAACAGACAAGGUGACGCCCGAGUUAUUCCGAGAUUUCGUCUCUGCCGAUGAUUCGGAGAAGGCCCUUCUGAUCCACCAGCUUAAGCUCAUCAAGGCGAAUAAUUAUGGCACCGCAAAAUCUCAGUGGUAUGAUUGGAAAAUGGACUGGACAGAAAGAUUAUAUGGCAGAGCACAGCAAGCAUUUUCCAACCUUGAAUCGGACGCUCAAACGCUUGCGAAGAUUGUGAAACAAGCGCAGGAGAACCUGCCCGACCUACGCCAGGAAUACGCCCAAGUGAUGGCUGAGCUUGAGCGCGAGCAAGCUAAUAUUGCUGAGAUCGAGAAUUCCGAUCAGGACUAUUUGAACGAGCUGAAGGCAACUAUUUCUGAGCAGAGCACUGAGCUCGAAAUUUAUCGGACCGACGUCUCGGAAGGACGAUUAAAACUUGAACGGAUGGAAGAAAAACUUGCGGAGAUUGAGGAGCAGAAGCGAGAGACGUCUCAUGCUAUUGCACAAGCUCAACACGUCAUCCAUAUUCAAAAGGAAAGUACGAGCGUCGAGGUGUUCAGAUUAAAAGAUGAGCUAGAGGCUCUGCAAGCCCUUCACUUGUGGCAGAUCACGACAAUCACAGCUGAUGUGAUUGUCUUGUUUUACAAUGCAAGCUAUGAGGUUACUGUUCCAUGCGUGAAGCACAGGCCGAACUUGUGGAAGGCAACUGUGUCUCGAACCCAGCAUGCUCGAACACGAGAGCGAGAUGUCUUUCCCCAUUUCACGGAUCUGACGCUGCGCGCCGCUCAACAGCUGCUCUCUGAACUCCCCGAAGAGGGCAACGUUCGCAAGAUCGUGGAACGGCUCGGUGGCUUCUGGUCGUCAUGCGCUCAAGUUCGCUCGCAGUUCACUUUCUUGGCUAUCAAGUAUCCACUGUUAGUCGAAGUCGUCUCGCCAGUGGACGAUGGAAUACUUGCACUACACGCCAAGGCUACCGUUUUGUUUCCGGCGGCCAAAGGAAAGGCAUUUAUAUCUUUCAUAUUUGAUUCAAAGACAUUUUCUGCUUGGCCCAUGUCGAUCGGUUCUCUGAAAGCGGAUGUCGAGGUUGCCUAUGGCCGAAUUCAACGAGAUGUCAUCUUAGACGCAGUGAUGGGUCGUUUGAGUCAGGCCACUCCUGCGGAUAGCCACGGAUGUUUAUUGGAUGCUUGUAUUGAAGCUACGGAGCGAUACGAGUGA